CCUCUCCAGUUACUAGGUUUUUAGAGGCGGAAGGAGACAGCAAAACGAGCAAGAAGAAAGAGCCCUAAAUCUAGUCGCUCUCUCUCUUUUCCUCCUCACUUUUCUCGCUAGGGUUUAAGGUUUUUAUCCCUCUUACUCUCUUCUUCAGCCAUGACCGGCGCCCAGGAAAACUCCAAUAUGUCCGAUCUCACUGCUGCUUUGAAUCCAGAGGACAGAGCUGACCUCGUCAAUGCUCUCAAAAAUAAGCUUCAGGAUCUUACUGGGAAGCACUCAGUUGUGCUUGAGAACUUGUCUCCAAAUGUCAGAAAGCGUGUUGAGGUUCUCAGGGAGGUUCAGACUCAACAUGAUGAACUGGAGGCAAAAUUCAAUGAAGAGAGGGCUGCACUUGAAGCUAAGUACCAGAAGCUUUAUCAACCACUAUAUACAAAGAGAUAUGAAAUUGUAAAUGGAGUUGCUGAAGUUGAAAUGGAUAAAUCUGAAAAAUCAGCUGCAGUUCAAGAAGAGGGUGAAGCUGCUGUGGAGAAGGGAGUCCCUGAUUUCUGGCUUACUGCUAUGAAGAAUAGUGUAGUGUUAGCUGAAGAGAUUACUGAGCGUGAUGAAGGGGCUCUCAAAUAUUUGAAAGACAUAAAGUGGUCCAGAAUUGAUGAACCAAAGGGUUUUAAGCUUGAAUUUUUCUUUGACACUAAUCCAUACUUCAAGAACUCUGUUUUGACUAAAGUAUAUCACAUGAUUGAUGAAGAUGACCCAGUUCUAGAGAAAGCAAUAGGGACUGAGAUAGAAUGGUAUCCUGGAAAAUCCUUGACAGAGAAGAUCCUGAAGAAAAAGCCUAAGAAGGGAUCCAAGAAUGUGAAACCUAUCACUAAAACUGAACAGUGUGAAAGUUUCUUCAACUUCUUUUGUCCACCUCAAGUGCCAGAGGAUGAAAAUGACAUUGAUGAAGAUGCUGCAGAGGAUCUCCAGAAUUUGAUGGAACAGGACUAUGAAAUUGGGUCAACUAUUCGAGAAAAAAUAAUUCCACAUGCAGUGUCUUGGUUCACUGGGGAAGCCUGUGAGGAUGAUGAAUAUGAAUUAGAUGAUGAGGAAGAAGACGAAGAAGAUGAUGAAGACGAAGAGGAUGAGGAAGAAGAUGAAGAUGAAGACGAGAAAAAGCCAUUUGGUACUCGCAAGAAAACUGGAAGAGCAGCUGCAGUAGAGGGUGAGAAGCCUCCCGAGUGCAAGCAGCAGUGAGCAGUUGCUUUUCAUGAUUGGUCCCAAAAAAUGGGAUGACCAAGUGGCGAGUUGGUGUUCUUAUUGGCUUGGUUUUAGGAGUCUUUAGAAAAAUUUUGAUCGGUUCCAAAUUUUGGUUGAUUUCAUGCUAUGUGUUUUUCUCCUCAAUUCUGUGUUGUGUUUGGGAAGGGUUUGCAUGGAAAAUAGUUGAGUUGUCUACCUGUUUAUCUUGAAUUGUCCGUUUGGAUUGAAACAUCUGUAUCAUAGCGAUUUCGUCCUUUUCACUGGUUACAACUUGUUCUAUUGUAGAAUUUCAAUUGCUUUUUCUUUUUAAUUUAAUUAUUUAAGUUAUCAA